GAAACGGAUCUGAAAAAGAUGUUAAUGAUCUAGCUGACCUUUUCAGCAGAUAUUUGAAUUUCAAAGUUUGUACCAUCAUAGACAAACCAAGAAAUGAACUUUUGGGAGAUCUGCGAAAAACUGCUGAAAACUCUGCGUAUAAAGAUUACGACUGUCUGGCAUUGUGCAUCAUGAGUCAUGGAAAAGACGACAAAUUCUACGCAUACGAUGGAAAACCAAUCAAAGUCUCAGCUGUUUGUAACAUGUUCUCAAACUCGAAGUGUGAGGUUUUUCGCAACAAACCAAAACUAUUUUUCGUACAAGCAUGUCGUGGCAAGAGGGGAGGUGGGUUCUUGGACGUAGCCGAUGGAGCUACGGGCAAUGAAGAAGGAUCAUCAGCUCAGGUUCCACCUACAGAGAGCAAAGAUCUUGAUAUGGUAGACAUGCUCAUCGGCUACUCUAGUUUUGACGGUUACAAAUCAUACCGUGUGGAAGAAGGAAGCUAUUUCAUCCAAAGCUUGGUUUCUGUUUUCAGAAAAUAUGCAGACAAGGAGGAUAUUAUGCGCAUGAUGACUAGAGUAAACGACGAAGUAUACAGGCGCGCGAAUGAGUCAUCUUACGGGAGAACACAAGUACCAACUCCUAUACCAACUCUCCGCAAAUUACUCUAUUUCUGGCCUGGGAUCAAUUUUGGCGAAGGACCUUAAAACACAGUGUACAGUGUGUGCACACACUAUAGAAAGGUUGUACAACAGGUUUCAUCAAAAGAUCCAAUUGACGUCAGUGAGUUUGUUUGGUGUCAAGAAAGUUUUUUAUUUCAUUGCCAACUACGUUAAACAUUAAAAAAAAUCAAAAACAAACAAACAAACAAACAAAAGCAAAACACAACAUUACUCAGUUUUGAUGAGGAACACUAAAACGGAAUAGAUUAAAAAAAUCGCUUGUUUGAUUCACAGUAUCUGGUUUAUCAUAAGCUAUGAUAGAUGCUAUCAGAGAUUAAAUGACAGCCAGUUUUUUAAAUAUCGGGUGUUUUGCCAAGCGUUUCCUCGGUAAUAGGCUAACAGCAUGUUAAAAUGUAAACAUUUGUGUGCUAUAACUACACAAAAAAGAAAUAGUUGUAAA